AUGCAAGAAAUUGAAUCAAAUUUCAAUUCUGUCAUACGAAUCCUUGGGUCAAACCACAGAACUUCUGAACAUCCAAAUCGACAACCCCGCGGGUUGAUAAAUGCAGUAGGAAGGCUAGCAAACAUUCUUUUUGGAGUUUGCUCUGAUCAAGAUGCAGAAUUAUAUUACAAAAACAUUGAAGAUCUAGCACAUUCCGAGGAUAAACAUGUUCAUCUAUCACAGGAACAAAUACGCAUGGUCUCUUCAGUCAUGAAUAAUGUUAAUUCUACCAUGCAUGAACUACUAGCAAAUGAUAAAAAAUUGCAGCAAAAUAUAAACAAAAUAGAAGAACAAUCCAGGCGUUCUGUGGCAACAAUCAAUUUAUGUGUAAAUCCUGAGGCAAUCAUAUUAGUGAUAACUCAUACACCACGUAUUUCUUUAUUAACGAACAAACUCGGUUUUGGAGACGUCCAUAACGAUAUCGUAGGAGAACUAGCGUCUUGUCCAGAACCAGCAAAUGGCUGGGGUAUACCAGGUUUUGUGCCUCCAUGUCUAGCUGAUCCGGACUUCCACCACCCGCAAGGUAUUGAUCUGCUGAUUGGAGGUGGCUCGUUCUUUGAUGUUUUGGGAACAAGAAAAAUACCACUAAACAUAGGUUCAGUGACCCUAUAUGAGAGUAAUUUCGGAUGGCUGGUAACGGGAGAACUUUCUAACCAACAUUCACCAACACUUCUUUCAAUGGGCCAAACGAUAGAGGAAGAUUGGAAGGUUCUCAGUACCAUUGACGAUGCAAGCUACGGCUGGACAUCGAGGGCGAAUAAGAGAAGUCAAGAAGAGCAGGAAACAGUCCAACAUUUUAAGCAAUAUACAACUCGUGAUGAAGAGGGGCGUUUCCUCGUCCGACUUCCCAUCAAGCAGAAAAUCAGUGAAAUGGGUGCAACUUUUCCUAUGGUAACCGCCUGGUUCCUGAAUGUUGAGAAAAGAUUGCAAAAUUAUGAGAACUUAAAGAAUGAGUACAUACGUUUUAUGAUUGAAUAUAUUGAAUUGGGGCAUAUGGUUGAAGUGUUGGAAGAUUCGAUUCAGACUCAGAACCACUUUUAUCUACCACACCAUUCAGUAACAAAGGCGUCAAGUUUCACAACAAAGGUCCGAGUAGUUUUCGACGCUUCGGCCAAGUGCGCAUCUGGUGUUUCCCUUAAUGAUGUAUUGAAAUGCGGUUCAACUGUCCAGCAAGAUUUAUUUUCAAUACUAGUUUGCUUCCGCAAGCAUCAAUUUGUCUUAACUUCUGACAUAGAAAAAAUGUUUCGGCAAAUAAAGGUGGGAAGAGAAGACUGGGACCUACAAAGAAUUGUUUGGAGAUCCAGCUCUGAAGAACUACUCCCACUCGCAGAAAGUGUCCAGAAUGACUACCCGAAGGCUUCAAAAGUGAUCACCGAAGAUUUUUACAUGGACGAUCUAAUGACGGGAGCUGACACAGAGAAUGACUGCUGUCAAUUGCAAAGAGACGUCAGUGCAGUGCUAGAUUCAGCAAAGUUACUGUUGAGGAAAUGGUGUUCAAAUUCCGAGUUGGUUCUUCAAAACAUGUCUAAGCGUGUUGAUGACCCCUUGUUCGUAUUAAACAUAGGAGACGAUGAUACAGUCAAAUCACUGGGGUUGCAAUGGAAACCAGUCACAGACCACUUUCAAUAUGACAUCGUAUCACGAUCCACAGAAGGUGCGUUAUCCAAAAGAGCUAUACUCUCCGACCUGAACAGAAUCUUAGAUCCACUCGGAUUCCUGUCACCAGUUCUAGUGAAAGGUAAAAUAUUCCUACAACAGCUGUGGUCCAUGAAGAUAGACUGGGACGCAAGACUUCCAGUAGACAUUCAGCAAAGAUGGUGUCAAUUUUAUUAG